GCUCGCUAUCGAAGAAUGCAACCGCAAUUCUCAGACAAUUCGUCAAGCACGACGGCGCUGGUCAACAGGCCGACACGUAGGCAAACCAGGGACAAGACAAGGGGGGACACAUCCUGGUGGGGUUCGGCGAAGUCGAGCGGUGAAGGGAGACGAUACAGCGUCCCCGAGGUGUACCGAGGCCGACACCUAAAGUGCGCGCCAAUCGCUAACUUCGUCGUCAGUAGUCAGAGACAGUCAAACCGACGAGUGUGCCGGAAGAAGAUGAGCUAUCCGAUGUGCGUGAUCGUGCCGUUGCUCCUGGCGAUCCUGGCACGUGUUGAGGCCGUCGCCUUAUUCGAUGCCCCAUCAUGUCCCAAUCCUUAUGGGAUACACGCUUACGCUCAUCCUGAGGAUUGCGGAGCCUUCUUUUUAUGUACGAACGGUACUCUAAGCUACGAGUAUUGCGAGAACGGGCUUCUGUUCGACGGACACGGCGCUAUCCACAAUCACUGCAAUUAUAAUUGGGCUGUCCAGUGCGGCGAUCGCAAGGCCGACUAUACACCUAUUAGCAGUCCAGGUUGCGAGUAUCAGUUCGGCAUGUACCCUGACAGCGACAGCUGCAGUACUAGUUACAUCAAGUGCAUCUACGGCGAGCCACAUCCGGCCCAAUGCGACCCGGGUCUGGUCUACAACGCGAAGACUCACACGUGCGUCUGGCCCGACGAGCUCAUCCCCUUCUGCAAUCCCGAGGCUAUAGUAGGCUUCAAGUGUCCGCACAAGCUGCCCUCAAACAGCCCCGCUGCCAAGUUCUGGCCCUAUCCGAGAUUCCCUGUACCAGGUGAUUGCGGGAGAUUGAUCACCUGCGUGGACGGUCAUCCGCGACUUCUCACCUGCGGAGAUGGAAAACUGUUCGACUCAGUGAGCCUGACUUGCCUGGAUCCAGAUGAUGUUCCUCACUGUGCUAAUGGAAUUUAAGAAUAGAAGCACAUUCCUUGGUAUCCUAAAUCAGCAAAAAAAAAAAAAAAAAAAACAACGAAAAAAACAACUAACCAUCAAACAAUGAAAAAUUAUAUGUUUGAUGAAAAAUUAAAAAUUAAAAAUUAAAAUUAUCUUGGUAAAAAAACGUAAUAUUGCCCGAAAUUUAUUUAUAAAAUAAAAAUGUGUACAAAAUAAGAAUUUUUUAUUGCAAAAAAUUGAGUUAUUACAAAACAAGAUUAAUUAUUCAAAAUUAAUCAAAAAUGAGGAAAAGGAAAAAUUAAUUAUAAAAAUAAAGAAACUAUAAAAAUAAAAAGCAUAUAAAAAUAUAAAUCACAAAAUAUUAUUUAUUAAUUAGAUACACAUUUUUAUAUAUA